AUGGACAAUUCUGGUUCCGUGUGGAUGCAACCAGAAAGGCGCAGGCGUGAGCCAACCGGACGCCUGAGCAAGUGGCGGCGGAUCGAGCAGCAGCUGCAGCGUGAUGGGCAGAUGCGCGAGCCAACCGGACACCUGAGCAAGUGGCAGCGGACCGAGCAGCAGCUACUGCUCGGUGGGCGCGGUGGUCGGAGCAGGGGUAGCCUUGUGGAGGCAGUUUUGGAUGCUGCCUUCUGGCUGUUCAGGCGGCCGACAAACCCCACCAAGCCUCGUAUGGGUGCCUGCGAGAUGAAGUCCGCGGUACAGGCACACGGCUACCGGUUUGGUGACAUCCCCAACGUGCACCAGUUGCGUGCAGAUGUUUGGAGGACACUGGCAGUGGCGUGUCCAGCUCAAGUCGUCGCAUGGCUACCAGUGGCAGCCGCACCAUGGGGCAGAGCACCACCACCACCUGAGCCAGCUUUGCCGUGGGGCUUCCGAAAGACGUGGCUCAAUGGGCAUUCUACGGAGAAGACGGGGCUCACCAAGCAUCCUGGUACAACAGGGGACUCUGGUGGUUCAGAUGACCAAGAGCACCGCCAGCCCACCCAGCAGCGCAGUUCGUUGCAACAGGCGCGGGACCAUUUGAGCAACACUGGAGCAUACGGCUUCCCGGAGGACUUUCCGCCGCAUGAGGCGGGCCCAUCUAGUCUGCCACGGCGGCAUCGGCGUGAGACGGAUGGUGUUGACGAGGAGCAGGAGUCUAUUCUUUCCGAUGAAGAAGUGGAAGUGGAUGCGACACGGCCACAAGACACGGACGGCCAGCAUGAGGAAUGGAUGCUCCCUUCGUGGCCGCCACAACCUGGCAUGAAGCCACGGCCGGAUCCCACUGCUCCGGGUGUGUGGCUAGUGCCGUACUGCAUGUGUGUGGAGCGCUCUGGGGAGAAUUGUACGGUGCACACCAACGAGGCUGGCGAUGACAUCAUCAUGAUGUGCAACGACUGCAUUCAUGCCUUGGAAUUAGUGUCAACCCAGACCAGACCGCAGCAGAUCUACACGCUCAAGGUCAAGAACCGGCCGCCUGACUUGCAGCCCAUCACCGUCACAAUGCACAGGAUAGCCAUGGUGAACCCAUCACUCGAGCAGUGGGUGGACGCCAUCCCACGCUCUGCUGUGUCGUUGCCGGAGAACAUCACCGUCCUCUGCAUGGAUGUCGUCAGCAGCAAGGACGAGCUGCUAGAAAAGCUCAAGAGCGCCAAGGUGUUGUCCAUCCAAGCAGCUAAUAUUGUGGCCUGGGUCAACUACCUGAGCAACCUCACCUCUGAGAGGCAUAUCGAUGACCAAGCGAUGCAGGAGUGGCAGCCAAUGGACCCAGAGCAUCACGUGCUGCAGUCCUGUUGA